AGUUUGCUCUCCAAAGCUCGAGGACUGGAUUCCAGCUCUGUUAAACUGCGGGGUGGUUCUCUAUUCAUGGAUACAGAAAAAUCAGGAAAAAGGGAAUUUGACAUGCGGCAGACUCCUCAAGUGAAUAUUAAUCCUUUCACUCCAGAUUCUGUGCUGCUUCAUUCCUCAGGACAGUGUCGCCGGAGAAAGAGAACAUAUUGGAACGAUUCCUGUGGUGAAGACAUGGAAGGCAGUGAUUAUGAGUUUGAAGAUGAAACAAGACCUGCUAAAAGAAUUACGAUUACUGAAAGCAAUAUGAAGUCACGAUAUACAACAGAAUUUCAUGAGCUAGAGAAGAUUGGCUCUGGAGAAUUUGGUUCUGUGUUUAAAUGUGUGAAGAGGCUGGAUGGAUGUAUAUAUGCCAUUAAGCGAUCAAAAAAGCCAUUGGCUGGCUCUGUUGAUGAGCAGAACGCCUUGAGGGAAGUAUAUGCUCAUGCAGUGCUUGGACAGCACUCCCAUGUGGUUCGCUAUUUCUCUGCAUGGGCAGAAGAUGAUCAUAUGCUUAUACAGAAUGAAUAUUGUAAUGGUGGAAGUUUAGCUGAUGCUAUAAGUGAAAACUACAGAAGCAUGAGUUACUUUACUGAAGUUGAGUUGAAGGAUCUCCUUUUGCAAGUUGGCCGGGGUUUGAGAUAUAUUCAUUCAAUGUCUUUGGUUCAUAUGGAUAUAAAACCUAGUAAUAUUUUCAUAUCUCGAACAUCAAUCCCAAAUGCUAUCUCUGAAGAAGGAGAUGAAGAUGACUGGGCGUCCAACAAAGUUAUGUUUAAAAUAGGUGACCUUGGGCAUGUAACAAGGAUCUCCAGUCCACAAGUGGAAGAGGGCGAUAGCCGUUUCCUUGCAAAUGAAGUUUUACAGGAGAACUAUACCCACCUGCCAAAGGCAGAUAUAUUUGCCCUUGCCCUCACGGUGGUCUGUGCUGCUGGUGCUGAACCUCUUCCCAGAAAUGGAGACCAAUGGCACGAAAUCAGACAGGGUAGAUUACCUCGGAUCCCACAAGUGCUUUCUCAAGAAUUUACAGAGUUGCUGAAAGUUAUGAUUCAUCCAGAUCCAGAGAGAAGACCUUCAGCAACGGCACUGGUAAAGCAUUCAGUAUUGCUGUCUGCUUCUAGAAAGAGUGCUGAACAAUUACGAAUAGAAUUGAAUGCUGAAAAGUUUAAAAAUUCACUUUUGCAGAAAGAGCUGAAGAAAGCCCAGAUGGCGAAAGCUGCAGCUGAGGAAAGAGCACUCUUCACUGACCGGAUGGCCACCAGGUCCACCACCCAGAGUAACAGAACGUCUCGGCUUAUUGGAAAGAAAAUGAAACGCUCUGUCAGCCUUACUAUAUACUGAACUACCAUUCCCACAUCCCCCAAAAAACUGUGACAAGAGGAAGCUAGGUUGAAAUCACUGCUAGACUCCAGUUUGCAAUUACUUCCUCUAUUGGUGUCAGUAGCUUUACUGAAAUGCCUUUUAGGACUUUGAUUUGUGAAUUACAGUCGAAAGCUGUAUCUUGACCAUUGCUGUGUCACACUUUCAUCUAAUCUGACAGCCUGUCCUUUGCAGGUUGUCAGUCACUGUUACACCGGCCUUCCCAGGGUUAACCACUGCGGUGGUGUGCUGCUUACAGUUUGCUGUUGCAUCGUAAUAAAAGGUCUUUCCCUGUAGUGACCUGUAAAAAGGACUCAAGGGCUUUAUUACAAACAUACUCUCCCUUCGCAAAAGGAAAUGCUAAGAGACUCAGUACUACUCAGCCUUUAGUGUACCUGUGUGUCAGUCUUAAUUUCUCUCUUUUUUAAAUUGUGAAUUAUACUUGUAUAUCCAACUGGGAGCACUUUGUAGGCAUUGCCUGAACCAUGGAAUGAUAAUUCUGUGGAAGUAUUGCCUUGUGAAUUUGCUGCUAUUUUAGUUUUUUGUCUUGGCUGUAAAAUUGUAGCAUUAAACAAUCAUUGUUGUUAAUAGGCUUUCCUUUGAAACAAUUAUGUGAAAUAAGUAGCUGCUCUUGAUGAAAAGCAGCUAUCUGCCUUUUUUUCUUUGAACUUUGAAGCUAGUGCAUUGAGAAAUGCACCUUGUCCCCUUUUUGGAACGCUGUAUUAAUGUAGUAUAAUUAUUACUGGUUUUGUAAUUUUUUUCUGAUAAUGUCCUUCCCUUACUCUUUUUUAAAAUGUUUCUUCUCUCCUCCCAAGUUUUGUACUUGAUUGUAUUAUUAGUCUGUUUUUAAAUGUUUU